AUGUUGAAACUAAUUGCUCUUCUCGCUCUUCUCAUUAUUGGAUCCCAAGGUAUUAAGAUUACCAUCUCAUCAAGUGGUGCAUAUGUUGCCCGAUGCUUUAUCGAUGUCAAAGAUAGCUUAGGUCCAUUAACAUUAGCUAGUGGAAAUAUAUAUGCUGGUCAAACACGUGAAAUGGAAUUUCCCGACGGUGUUCAAUGGAUGAAAGUCCGUUGUGAAAAUCAACGUCUUGUCGGCAAAUGGGCUGAUGUUUUUUCACAAGAAUCCAAUGGUCCACGAUCACUUUGCUACUCCAUUGGUGGUACUACUUUCCAUCCAACUCAUUCAGCUCGAAAAGGCCUUUUAGAAAGAAGAAAUCUUUUAUUUGAUGAAGGCGAUAAACAGUCAUCGUGCAAUUAUGAUCAUUAA